GAUGAAAAUAAUUACUCUCCAGUCUCCACAAGUAACACAAUAAUCUCUUUUUAGCCCCAACUAAAUUCACCUGUAUAAAAGUAAGGUGGAGACGAGUUGGAAAUAUAGUCCUGCAGAUCAUAUAAGUUUGCAAAUAAUGGAGUCAUGGCUACUCAUUGUCAUUAUCAUUAUCAUCACUUUCUGCAUAUCUUUCUCCCUCAAAUCCAAUAACCACAAAAUCAACAAGAAAUUUCCCCCAGGUCCCUUUGCUUUUUCUGUAAUAACCAGCUCACUGCGCACGAAUGCCGAUAUAGAACGCAUCCUCAGGGACCUCAAGACUAAGUAUGGUCCUGUAUUCAAGUUAAGAAUUGGAAUUGGAUUUCGUCGUCCGUCCAUAUUUGUUGCCAGCCAUUCAUUAGCUUAUCAAGCUUUAGCAGCUGCUGUUUUCUCUGAUCGGCCAAAGGCCGCUCAGACAAGUGUAACCAUUCAUAGUAGCCGAAUUAACAUCGCCUCCUCUCCUUACGGCCCCUCGUGGCGCCUUCUACGUCGAAAUCUUGUCUCUGAAAUCCUCCAUCCUUCACGCGCCAAGUGCUACUCUAAGGCCCGGUCUCAGGCACUAAGUAUCCUUAUUCAACAGCUUCGUUUUGAUUCUGCUGAUGCGGAAGUGAUCACAUUAAUUGAUCAUUUCCGUUGUGCCAUGUUCUAUAUUCUUGUCAUGAUGUGCUUCGGGGACAAGAUUGACGAGCCUCAAGUCAAACAGAUCCGAGAUGUACAACGACGAUGGAUGAAAAAUGCAGGUCGAUUCAUCAAUCUCAGCUUCUUCCCAAGAUCACUUCAAAAAAUCAUUUUCAGGAAUCAAUGGAAAGAGCUCAUUGAACUAACGCACGAGCAAGAGAAGAUCUUUGUACCUCUGAUCGAGUCUCGAAUGAAAGCAAAAACGGAGGAAGAUGUGGUGGCUUAUGCAGAUACAUUACUGGAUUUGGAAUUUCCUGAGGAAAAGAGGAAGUUUAAUCAGGGAGAGAUUGUUAGCCUCUGCAGUGAGUUCCUCAAUGGUGGCACCGACACUACGUCCACCUCGUUGCAAUGGAUUAUGGCUAACUUGGUUAAUUACCCUUCUAUUCAGGAAAAACUAUACAAGGAGAUAUCUGAGGUAGUGAACAGAGGGAAUCCAAAGCCAAAGGAAGUGAAAGAGGAAGAUCUAGAGAAAAUGUCUUACCUAAAAGCAGUAAUCUUGGAAGGUCUAAGACGGCAUCCACCAGGUCACUUCCUGCAGCCACACAUGGUGACCGAGGAAGUGGAACUCAACGGUUAUGCCAUCCCUAAGAAUACACCAAUAAAUUUCAUGGUUGCAGAUAUGAAUUUGGAUCCACAAGUGUGGGACAAUCCGUUGGAUUUCAAACCGGAGAGGUUCUUAUCAGCGAACGGUGUUACAGAAGCAUUUGAUAUAACAGGGGUUAGAGAGAUCAAGAUGAUGCCUUUUGGUGCAGGAAGAAGAGUAUGUCCAGCCUAUGGCUUGGCUAUGCUCCAUUUAGAAUACUUUGUGGCUAAUUUGAUCUGGCAUUUUGAGUGGAAGGCUGUUGAUGGGAGCAAUGUUGAUCUAUCUGAGAAGCAGGAAUUCACGGUUACAAUGAAGAAGCCAUUAUGUGUUCGUGUCCAUCCCAGAGCCAACCAACUUGCAUGAGCUGCUAAUGUUGUGUAUUUGUUUGUUUUUCUUUCUCUUGAAGUUUUGAUGUUUCUUCAAAAUAUAUAAUAAAUGGAUAUCACUUAAUGGAAA